AUGCAAUGGGCACGCAACAACAGAUUUCCAUGGGGUAAUGGCAGACAGGCAUCCGCAAAAGCUGCGGAAUAUGGCCAUCUGGAACUCCUAAAAUGGAUGAGAAACAAUGGUUGUGUAUGGGAUAGAUCAACCUGUGAAGCAGCUGCCAAAGGUGGCCAUCUGGAACUCCUAAAAUGGACGAGACACAAUGGUUGUGCAUGGGAUGAAUCAACCUGCAUCGCAGCCGCCAAAGGUGGCCAUUUGGAACUUUUGAAGUGGGCCAGAGAGAAGGGAUGCAAAUGGAACCAAGGGACAACUUCAGCGGCAGCCGAAGGUGGACAUUUGAAACUUCUAGAGUGGGUCUGGGAAAAUGGCUGCCCUUUGAGUCAGCUGAUAUGCUCCUAUGCAGCCAAAGGUGGUCAUUUAGAUGUUUUGAAAUGGGCCAGAUUGAAGAAUUGUCACUGGGAUGAUGGGGUAUGCCGUGGUGCUGCAGGAGGUGGCCACUUGCACAUCUUUAGAUGGGCCAAAGAGAAUGGUUGUUGCGAUUGGGAUGCAUCCACAUGUGCAGCAGCAGCUAGAGGUGGGCACCUGGAGACACUGAAAUGGGCGCUUGAACAUGGCUGUCCUUGGGAUGAACAGACGUGUGCCGGUGCUGCAUAUGGUGGUCAUUUUGAGGUGUUGAAAUGGGCCAGAGAGAAUGGAUGUCCUUGGAAUGAAUUGACGUGUGCUGAUGCUGCCAAAGGUGGACAUUUGUUCAUUUUGGAAUGGGCCAGAGUCAAUGGUUGUUCUUGGGAUGAAAGGACGUGUGCUGGUGCUGCCUAUUAUGGGCACUUGGAUGUUCUCAAAUGGGCGCGGGCAAAUGGGUGCCCUUGGGAUCGCCGGACGUGUCGGUUUUGCAGACACAAUGAAGUCCUGCAGUGGGCUCGUGACAACGGCUGUCCAGGGUAA